AAAACUCCAACGGACUUUCAUGAAUUAAACUUCGUAUUAUUGUUAUUUUUUUUUGUUUGGGUUUCUUGGUAAAUUUAGCUACUAAAAUGUCACAGCAGCAGACAAAGAAUAGCAUAACUCUUCGGGGAUCUGCGCAAAUUAUUUGCGAGUAUUUGAAGUACGCCAUAAACUCGGUUCUAUUCCAAAGAGGACUGUAUCCUCCAGAAACGUUUAAAGCAGAGCAGCAGUAUGGAAUCACCUUGCUUAUGUCACAGGAUGCACAGAUUCAAAGUUUUCUGACCAAUCUUCUUUCUCAAAGUGAAGAGUGGAUAAUCAAGAAAAAGGUUAGCAAAUUAUCACUUGUAAUCCUUAACGUAGCAAAUAAAGAGGUGCUUGAAUGCUGGGACUUCAAUGUGCAGUAUGAAGACGGUGAUGCAGCUCUAUCCAAGGAAAAGAAUGAAAGUGUAAGCAGUAAAGACCUAAAAAAGAUUCAACAAGAAAUUAGAGACGUAAUGUUGCAAGUAGCAGCCACUAUUUCAUACUUACCAUUCUUAGACUGUAGAUGUUCAUUUGACGUAUUAGUCCAUGCUAAGACAGAUUGUGACGUCCCUGAGAAAUGGGCGGAGGCAGAACCUGUGGCAAUUCAGAAUGCGCAGAACGUUCAGUUCAAAGCAUUUUCGACCGGACUCAAUAAAGUAGAAACUGUAGUUAGCUAUAAGUUAGUUGAUUAGUAUAGUUAGUCGGCAGCUGUCUUAUUGUGUUGUUUAAUAAGUAGAAUGUGUGAAUAGGUUUAACCAAAAAUAUUUCAGAGUAGUUUCUUUUUAGAACCAUUGCUGGUUGCUGUUAUUAUUUCAGUAUGUCCGUCUCAACGCCAUUUUGUAUUUGUAGCACAUUGAUUUUUCGAUUCACCACCUAUACAUAUAUUUUAUUUUUUAAUCUGCCUGAAGUACAUUGUAAUGCAUUAAUUCUAUGAUCAAACAGAAUGCUCAUAGACACUAUAAGUGGGUUAAGGUUGCAGUGGCGGCUGGUGAAAAUUUCUGCUAGGCAACACUGAGCAAAGAGAAACCUACUUUUACAUUAGGUACUUUCUUCUUCUUCUUAUUUAAGAGCUAAUGUAGCUCUUGUCGGUGGAGUAUGCGCCAUAUUUCCCUAUUCUCCGCUUUCCUCUUUAGUUCUUUAGUUCUUGAUACGACAUGACACCGGCCUUCUCCUUGAGCUGGUCAACAAAACUCCUCCUGGGUCUUCCGCGCCCUCUUCUUCCUUUCACCUUUCCUUCUAGGAUAUUUUUAAAGAAGGUAUCAUGUCGUAUCAAGUGACCAAUCAUUUUGCCUCUUCUGUUUUCUAUUUCUUUAAUUAGUCUU